GGAGAUCUGAGCCGGGAGAAGCUGAGGGGGCGGUAGUGGCGGCGGAGGCGAGUCCCGCGCGUGUGCUCAGCUCCUCACGCCGCGGCCGGGGCCGCCUUCUUCCUCCCUUUCUCCCUCCCUCCCUUCCGCCACCGAGUGCGGCGGCACCUCCUCCUUCCGCGCGGCGCGACUACCUCCAGACCUCUCGGCGCGGGUGAGCCCUGUUCCCAGAGGUGCUGACCCUGUAACCCAAAAGAGAAAAUCACUGGCUGAGCUCAGCCUUGGUACUGGUGGCCACCAUGUCUUUGAAGAUCCAGACAAGCAAUGUAACCAACAAGAAUGACCCCAAGUCCAUCAACUCUCGAGUCUUCAUUGGAAACCUCAACACAGCCGUGGUGAAGAAGUCAGAUGUGGAGACCAUCUUCUCCAAGUAUGGCCGUGUGGCCGGCUGUUCUGUGCACAAGGGUUAUGCCUUUGUUCAGUACGCUAACGAACGCCAUGCCCGGGCAGCUGUCCUGGGAGAGAAUGGGCGGGUGCUGGCUGGGCAGACCCUGGACAUCAACAUGGCUGGAGAGCCCAAGCCCAACAGACCCAAGGGGUUGAAGAGAGCAGCAUCUGCCAUAUACAGUGGCUACAGCUUUGACUAUGAUUACUACUGGGACGACUUCUACGACAGGCCAUGCUGCAGCCUCUGGCCUGUUUGUCCUCACAGGCUCUUCGACUAUCGGGGCCGCCUUUCACCGGUGCCAGUGCCCAGGGCAGUCCCCGUGAAGCGACCCCGGGUCACAGUCCCCUUGGUCCGGCGUGUCAAAACCACCAUACCUGUCAAGCUCUUUGCCCGCUCCACAGCCAUCACCACCAGCUCAGCCAAGAUCAAGUUAAAGAGCAGUGAGCUGCAGACCAUCAAGACAGAGCUGACACAGAUCAAGUCCAACAUCGACGCCCUGCUGGGCCGCUUGGAGCAGAUUGCUGAGGAGCAGAAGGCCAACCCAGAUGGCAAGAAGAAGGGUGACAGUGGCAGUGGCAGCGGCAGUGGCAGCGGCACUGGUGGUGGCAGUAGUGGUGGCAGCAGCCGGCCACCAGCCCCCCAAGAAGACACAGCUUCUGAGGCAGGCACGCCCCAGGGAGAAGCACAGGCUCGAGACGACGGUGAUGAGGAGGGGCUCCUGACACACAGCGAGGAAGAGCUGGAGCACAGCCAGGACACAGAUGCCGAGGAUGGGGCCUUGCAGUAAGCAGCCUGACAGGAGCGAUGGUCUCCAGCAGGAGAAGGGCAUGCACUGUACCAAGCCUCAAGCAGGGCAUCUGCUCCUGGAUUCCACCCCCAGCGGGUCCCAGAGGAGAGCCAGCAGCAGGCACCUCCUCCCUCACACAUCCCAGCGAGUGCCACAUCCUCUGCAGGUGGAGUUAUUGGCCUCCCCUCCCCACACACCCUUCCUGUCAGCACUGCCCAGGCAAGAGGGCAGAGUGCAGAGAUUUCCCCAUACUCUGCCCCCCACCCCCUGCCAGGACACUACCAGGCUUGGGGUUUUUCUAUAGGUUUGGAGAGGGGGAGCCACAGGGAGGGGACCCUAACAAUAAAGAGAUUGGAUCCCACCUUGCUCUGA